CCUUCUGCUUCUGUGCAGUAUAGUCAGUUCGUCUUGGUGAGCCGAGUCGAGUCGAGACGCGACUGGCACCGCGCCCGACGGACGUCUCUUGGGUCCUCGCCGGGAAGAUUUUGUUCGGCUGACGCUGACAGCUGUCUGUGUUUCCGGGCACUCGCGACGGCCGCUAGUUUGCGGUGUUGUGGUGUGCGAGUGGCGUCUGCACCGACACGCGUCGCGCGUUGCGUUGCGUCGGCCAGCAGCCGGCAGCGAUUCUAACCCUCGUAGUGCGCGGACAGCGCGGACCCGCGAAGUGCAGUUCGCGGAGAUUGUUGUUUUCAUUAUGGUCAUCGUUGUUUCGCUGAGCGCCGUUUAAGGAGGCAGGAUGAGCUACAUCCUCAACUUUUGCUUGCUCCGACUUCUUCUGCCAGCUGUUCUCACAACAUGUGUGGCCUUGCGGCAAGAUGGAGUUUCGUUUCUCUACCUCAUUCUGCUGCUUUACCUCCCUUUUGUGCCACUGCCCACAUCCAGAGACGCCUGCCAUGCCGGGCGUUACCUGAAGACUAUAAUAGCUAUGGGGAGCUUGGUGUCUUUGGGGAAGCUCAUAUUCCAAAUAGUUCUGUUAAGUAUGCCCCCUUAUGCAUAUUUCCUGCCAAAUUGUGAGGACUUAGAAGCAGCUCUGAGAAUAGCAGGGCUGGUACGUUUAGACAGCAUUGCUGCUGUCGACUGCAUGAGAUGGGUUCUGCCAGAGACUUUGCUGCUUGCCACCUCCCUCUCUCUUUAUGUUGUGUGUGUGAGACCAAGAAAGAGAGAUCCUGAAGAGUGCCAUGUAGACGUAACAAGAACAGACAGCAAUACAGAAAGUCAAGAUCCAGCCAUGAAGUCAAAGUUUAAUUUUCUCACUGCCAUUGGAAAGUAUGUUGUUCUCUGUGCUCUGUGUGUAACCGGAGCGGUGUGCCCGUCCGUCCUCAAUAUGGUGUACUAUUUGUCCUUCCUUGUUGCUACCACAUAUUGGUCUUGUUACCGGCAACUAGGGAGUAAAUUUGCAAUUGUUUGCAAGAUUUUGCAAGCCUUUGCAGCCAUCCAUUUGGUGGUACUGUUUUUAGUGCAAGUUCCUUGGCCCGAAGCAUGGUUUAAAAUUGAUGAUGAUAUUGGAAGGUAUCUUUCUCUGAAACCAGUGUACAAAACAAACUGCACAGAUGAUCCACGUACUUUGAUAAGUCAAGACCAACAUUGGAAUAUUUAUGUGAACCCCUUGGCGGUACUUAUUUUAUACUUCAUUCUUGGAUAUGAGUAUGCCCUUCUCAGGAGACCUGUGGAUAAAGAUUCGGCAAAAGCUGGUGGCAUGAGCCGCCAGCUGUCUCUGCGUCUUUCACAGCAAAAGCUGUUUCGAAACUCUACAAGCAGGUGGCGUUCAGCCACCAGAAAAGUUCGUGCCCGAAGUGAGCCCGAUUGCCAUGAGGAAACGCCUUUGAUUCAGGGAGCUCUUCCGACCAAAUACCAUACCACACGAGGAAGGGGACAAGGUAGUUCUCUUGACCUUGGAGCGAUAUCUGUAAUUGAAGGAACUAGUGGAAGAGAACGUGCCGAGUCGAUCCAGUUGUUCCCGAUUACUGAUGCUUUGCAACUGGAAAAAAGUGAUGAGAUGGGUGACCAUUGGCUUGAUAAGCUUCUAGAUUCAGUGGUAACAGUUUUCCAGUUGAUAAUCAGAUCAUCUUACAUUGCCACAAAUAUAAUGAUGAUGACCUGGAGUAUUACAUACCAUUCCUGGCUGACUUUUGCUCUUCUUUUGUGGGCAUCUCUGCUGUGGAUGGUUCCAAAUCAAAGAAGAUGGAUGCUGCAUUGUUCUCCUUUCCUUGUGCCGUAUGCUUUGUUUUUACUGCUUGCCCAAUACCUGUAUUCGCUUGAUUUGACGGAGGCUGAGCUUCCCGAAAAUGUCAACUCAACCAUCAACCUGAAACAAAUAGGUUUUGAGAGACCUUUAAAUGUAUCUCCAAGUAAACCUGUCCUCAUCAAGAGUCUGUAUACUGUCAUGUUUUGGAUAACAUUACGCCAGUAUAUGCAAGAAAGGUGGCAAGCCAGAAACACAUCUGCUUUAGCAGACAUGGCAGCACCCCUUCAAAUAACAGUAACAACUGCUACUUCAGGUAUGUCAGGAAUGCAAUCCCCACCACCUACUGAAGCUACUUCUCCAUUCAUGCGCCGUCUUGGUGUAUAUGUGAAAGAGUUGUUGACGAAAUUCUGGAUCUGGAUUGUUGCUAUCAUGCUCUUUGUGAUCGGAAUAACUGGGGACAAAAUGACAGGCUUCCGAAUUGUUUAUAUGGGGCUAUUCUUGGUGUUUAUUCUCACAUUCAAGCUGUCGUACAUGGCAUGGAGACGAAUGUUGUAUGGUUUCUGGUUAACUGUUAUUGUGUUUUCAAUGAUAAUAUUGGUGCUCAUUUACACCUACCAGUUUGACAAUUUUGAUACUUAUUGGCACACAUACCUGGGUAUACCUGUUAAAUUGCAAGCAGAUAUUGGACUUCAAAAGUUCCACACCAAAGACUUGUUUGUUCGAUUAAUUACUCCCACAUUUUUUGUCAUUAUAACUGCAAUCCAAAUGAACUACUUCCAUAAAGAUUUUCUUGCUAUAUCUGAUAUCAAGAGCAGAGGAGUGAGCUUCUCCCAACAGUCACGAGGCAGAACUUCACACAAAUCAGACACUUCUUCCGAACCUGGUGGUGCACCACGCAGUGAAACUGAUGGAGCAUCAACUGCCCCUUCACAACGCAGGGGGAAAUAUAAUGUCCUUCAUCAUAUCUCUUCUUUACGAGGAAAAAGAAGUCUCCAGCAGGGAAUUCAUUUGUUGAAACAGCUUAAUGAACUUGGAUGGUUGUUUUUAGAACUGCACAUAUCAAAACUCAUGCUCUUGACUGUAAUGCUUUUGUGUAUCGCUGUGCCUUGUGCCCUCCACUUCCUCAUGGUUCUUCUAAUAGUGAUCUCCUUGGCUUUAAGUAGCAGAGCUCAGGACAUAGCCUGCAACAUAUGUUCUGUGUGGGUUGCUCUCCUAAUGUUAGGAACCAUGAUUUAUCAAAUUGAGUACAUUGAAAAAGAAAAUUGGGAUUAUACGUGUACUCGACACAAAUUAAAUACAACAUUGGAUCAAGUUUUAGAAUACAAUGUGACUCUUAACAAUGCAGUGUGGUUGGGAUUCCGGAAAGCCACUGCUGAAGUUGGUUUGUCUGAUGUUGUCAAGGGUUACAUUGGUGUCAUUUUGGUUGCUUCUUUUGUUACUGUUGUGAACAUACAUCAGUCAUACAAGAGAUCUUUAAGAGGCCGUUCUAUAAGUAAACCUCAGUACAUGUUUCCACGAAUAACUCGAGCAGAUGCUGAUAAAAAUAUUUUAAGUUGUGUGAAAUAUAUUCUCAAUUAUGGCUUCUAUCGUUUUGGGAUUGAGAUAUGUAUGGUAGCAAUGGUUGCUCUCAUUGGGACAAGGGUGGACUUUUACGCCAUGCUUCAUGCCAUCUGGCUCUUAGCUAUAUUUGCUAUGAAACGUGAGCAUGUUGCUCGACUUUGGACUGCAUACACAGCCUUCAUAAUAGUGUGUAUAAUUAUUCAGUACAUAAUGGUGGUUGAUGUCCCCCCUUCUUUGUGUGUUGACUAUCCCUGGGAUAUGAACAACAUGUUGAAGGGUCUUCAAGAAUGGAUGUUUUUGCCAGACCCUAUCAGCAAACCUGAAAUUGGCAAAAUAGCUUGUGAUUUCAUUCUACUUAUGUUUGUGUCAUGUCAAGGACUGGCAUUUAGGAUUGAAAGGAAGUAUCCAGAUGGUAGCUUCCCUGGGGGAAGCAAUGCCAGCAUUAUUCAUGAAUAUGAUAAUAAAGAAUUUGUUAAUCCGGUACCAGACUAUAUAUCCUCCAUAAGAUCGUGGUUAGAUGUUGUUAAACGAGGUGUUCUGCUGAGUAUGAUGUGGCUCACUCUUGCCAUCAUGUUUCUGGCUGGCACAAACAGGGUUAACCUUUUCUCGCUUGGAUAUCUCAUUGGAGCAUUUGUGUUUUUAUGGAUGGGCAGUGACUUAUAUUUGAGAGAUAUUCGGGUCAUUCAUAAAUGGUGGAAUGCUCUGUUGGGUUACAAUGUGUCAGUUAUCUUUCUUAAAACUCUGCUCCAAGUAAUUGGGUGUAUCUUCAUGGAGCAGGUCCAGUUAAAUGCCUGCUGGUUUGUUCAACUUCUGGGCAUUGCUUGCAUAAGGAAAUUCCAUUCCAUCCUUCCAACAUUUGUUGGUCAACGUCAAGAAUCAUAUAAUGGCUGUACCGUUAACUUGGAGAGCUAUGGCCUUGCUUGGGAUGGUGUCUGUUUUGGAUUUUUGCUACUUCAGCGUCGUCUGUUCAAUUCCUAUUACUUCUUCCACAUUGUUGAUGAAACCAAAGCUAUGACUAUCUUGGCAUCAAGGGGGGCUGAGCUCAUCGAAGAAUUAAGGCAAAAGCAGAUUAUGGAACAAAUGGAACGUGAAAACCAAAUAUUAGAAAACAUAAAGUUCAAAAUGGAGCGCAUCAAAGCAUCUCAAAUGAAAGUUCCAGGGCCUUCAUACCAUGAACCAAGCAGCCAUUUCACUGCUGUCUUAUCGGGAGACUACUACAUGUUUGAGGAUAUGCCUGAAGCCGACCUACUUAUUGAUCCCACUGACGUUGGACGCAAGACACGAGAUGAAGAGGAAGACCAACUGGCGGGUCAAUUGACAAUCAGCAAGCUUUUCAGUGAGGCAUUGAAGACUGACAUCAAACAAGCUGUGGACAAAGCUCAUGCAUCGUCAGCAUCUGGCACACUGCAGAAGCGAGCAUCAUUCACUACAGCAGAUUCUGAACUAAGCUGUGGCAGCCGAGGAACGCGGAGGAGCAGUCGCAGAAGCAGCCGCAGGAGCAGUCAGAAAAGCGCGGGCCUAGCUGGCCUGGACACUAUGCCUACAACUGCCACCUCCACUUCAUCAGCACAUCUCAGUCCGGAUGCAGUCCCUCCUACCGACCAGGAUGACAGAGAUGAUCAUGGAGACAAAAAACCUCUAGUAUCGUCAGAACAUGGCUCUAGCUCAGAGGAUGGGGAAGAGUUAGAAGCGGAUGAUGUUGAAGUAAAGCAGGAGUCUUGGAUGAACAAAAUAAGCCAGCUCCUUCACUUCUUGGUUGUAUCUCUGAACUCUGUGAUGGUUUCCUUGACUCGGUGGCUAAAUACAUUUUCUCGAGAUUAUAGAUACGUUUCCAGGGUUCUUGCUGUGGAAAAGAAACUCCUAAAGGAGGAACCUGACUUUGGAGAGGGUAAACGUGUCGGACUCGCUAAAAUGUGGCAGCCAUCCCCGCAAGCCCUUCAAGUUCAUCGCUCAAGAGAGGAAAUGCUUUCCACUAACUUAACUCAACGAGCAGGUGUUGGACAGACAAGUAGCAACUGUGAUGUAAAUCGAAUUCACCCCAGGCAGCUGACGAAAGCUGUACUUCCUCUUCCCACUAUUCGUGUUCUUUCCCCAAGUCUUGAAGUGGGACUAGACAAACAUGUGGAGAGCAAUGUUUCUCCUGCAAGUAGCAGUCAUCAAGCUGGAUUAAGUACAGCAGAGCAACCACCUAUUGUCCAGCUAUUCCUUUCCUUGUGGUACACAAUUGUUUCACAUUCAGACCUUGCCUGUUUCUUUAUGAUAUUUUUGCAUCAAAUGAAGUCAGCCACUAUCUUGUCCAUUCCCUUGCCCCUUAUGGUUUUCUUAUGGGGCACUUUAACUGUACCACGCCCAUCAACAACUUUCUGGGUAGUCAUCAUUGCUUACACUGAGGUCAUGGUAGUGAUAAAGUGUAUGUUCCAAUUUGACCUUCUGCCUUGGAACCAUGAAGAUAAUGUCCCGUCUACGACAAAAAACCCUUUCUGGCCUCCCAGGAUCAUUGGAAUAGAGAAGAAACCCAAUUAUGCCGCCUUUGAUCUUUCAUUAUUACUUGUACUGUUUUUCCAUCGAUUUAUGUUAAAGUCUUUGGGCCUUUGGAAGUCAUUGUAUGAAGAUGAUUCUAACUAUCCUCAGGAAAAUGACCACUUUGAGAUCAUGCAGGAAAGCAGUAGCGAUGAGAAAAAGUCUAAGAAGGAUGACAGAGACAUGAAGAAGGAUGACAGAGUUGUCAGUGAAAGUGCAGACUCCAUACGCACUGCCCAUAGUGAUCCUGGAGCUCGACGUGUAUCUAUCUGUGAACCAGGAAUGCAGUUAACUCACCGUGGAUCUCUUAAAACUUUCACCUUAUCUGAUGGACGUCGAAUUAAUAUGAUCCGCCCAUCGUGGCUAGAAGAUGGCGACCGACAAAUUGCUUCAUCAAGUGACACCAACCAGGAAGUUUUAGUUGAUGGUGCAGCUUUGGUGAUGAGCCCAGUUGACUCAAUCCAGAGCAAACAAAUUCUUGUUGUGAAGACAUUCAGAGAAAAUGCAAUGGAUCGUUUCCCAUCCAUUUUAAAGUUAACGUGGAAACGCUACUUGACUUCAAUGAGAACUUUCUUCAAAUUGCUUUUAGACCCAGGAUCUAGAGUGAAUGCAGAUGUAUAUGCCUACAUGUUCAUGUGUGAUUUUUUCAACUUUAUGGUCGUCAUUUUUGGCUUCUCUGCUUUUGGGUCUGCAGCAGGUGGUGGAAGUGUUUCUGAAUACUUUGAAGAGAACAAAGUGCCUGUUCCAUUCUUAGUUAUGUUAAUACUGCAGUUUGCGUUGAUCAUCAUAGACCGCACCCUAUAUUUGCGCAAAUAUAUUUUAGGAAAAAUAAUAUUCCAGUGUGGUCUUGUUGUUGGAAUCCAUAUAUGGAUGUUCUUUAUUUUGCCUGGAGUAACAGAAAGACAGUUUAAUGACACCUUGCCGCCUCAAAUGUGGUAUGUCGUGAAGUGCUUUUACCUUCUAUUGUCAGCGUAUCAAAUCAGGUCAGGAUAUCCAACUCGCAUCUUGGGCAACUUUUUGUGCAAAGCAUACAAUUACCUGAACAUGUAUCUUUUCAAGCUAUUUAUGAUGAUUCCAUUUGUAUUUGAACUGCGUGCACUCAUGGAUUGGAUGUGGACUGAUACUUCAAUGUCUCUUAUGGAGUGGCUGAAGAUGGAAGAUAUAUUUUCUCAACUUUUCCAACUCAAGUGUGAAAGAAGAGCUCAGACAGAGUAUCCUCAACCACGAGGAGUUCGGAAAAAUGUUAUUGUAAAGUAUCUAGUCGGUGGUCUUGGCCUGUUCUUCAUUAUAGCCAUUAUUUGGUUCCCACUGGUGCUGUUUGCUUUGGGCAACACUGUAGGAAGCCCCAACUUGCCCUUGAAAAUGACGUUGCGAAUGAGGCUUGGUCAUUUUGAACCAAUCUAUGACAUAGCUGCUGAAGGAAAUCAGAUCAAAGAGUACAAUGAAAAUCAAUGGCUUGGUCUGAACACUGUUUACCGUCAGCAUCAAACAGCUCAAAAUUUCCUAUCAAACUAUGAUAAUCAGGCUGUGGCAAUGAUUCUAUUUAACAUACACUCUGGAAGUUUGUGGACCAUAACUCCUCCUGACUUGAUGAAGUUAACAGAAGAAGUUGCCUCAACUAUGCCUUUCAAUGUUACAAUUGAUUGGCGAGUUGAGCGUCGUCAGAGUAGUCCUGAGGAUAAGGGCUAUUCAGAAGGGACGCACACUAUACAUCUACCUGCAAUUUUGGAUGGAAAGAGAAAUCCUGUUCGAUUAGAUUUACAGAAGGUUCUGGAAGCAGCUCUGAGUGUUUCUUCUUCUUCUGUUGGUAACGCAUCAGAGAGCAUACCAAUUGUAAUUCCUAAUCUCUUGCCUAAGUUAAUUAAAGUAAAUAGCAAUGGUGCCAACGCUGUUCAACAGUUACUACCUGGAAAAGAUGCUAACACUCAGUACCGGGAUGUUUUUCUCAAAAUGAAUUAUGCUAAUUCCACACAGAGGUGGUGGACUGUUUUGGAAGACUGCACUGAUAAAACAUACCAGGACAUACUAAGAAAUAUCCCCUCUGCUGGGGCAGAGUCUAGCUGCAACCAGACUCUAUUAAUUUAUACAUUUAAUGAUAAAACUUUCCCAGCAACCCUCAGUGUAUUUUCCGGAAAAGGAAUCAUUGGGCUCUAUGCUUCAUUUGUGUUAGUGGCAAGUCAAUUUGUGCGAUCCUUCUUCAGUAAUUUGUCUUCAAAAAUUAUGUUUGAAGACUUGCCAAAUGUUGAUCGGAUUUUGCAGCUUUGCCUGGAUAUCUACCUUGUCCGUGAGAGUGGAGAAUUGGACCUUGAGGAGGACUUGUUUGCAAAACUUGUGUUCUUGUACCGAUCUCCAGAAACUAUGAUAGAAUGGACAAGAGAGCGAAAAGAGGGAGAUGAGAGCUCACCUGAGGCUUCAAUUGCUCAAGAAUAAAGUACCACCUGAACACUCUUCAAUUAUUGUCUCAAUUACCAGUGAAAUUUAGGGGAUACCAGUGAUACUAUGACUGUAUGACACUUGUGAAGUAACUAGUCCAAGUAUACAUAAAGUUAAUGCACUUUUACCAAAUUUAUUUUUGAGUGCUUGAUUUUUAAAGAGGCACAGCUCAUAAGUGGUGCUCACACUUUAUAUCCAGUGAAUGUUUGCCAUUGUUGUAAAGUUUUUCCACAACUAGGAUAUAUGUACCUGCCUACAAUUUAUUUUACAAUUAAUUUAAGUGAUUUUGCAUUUUUGCUGAAUGGGCAGCACCCAUCAUUGGCUGACAGUGCAGUUCAUUUGUAUAUCUGCUCUUAAUUCUCAAUCACUUCUUUUGAAGUCACUAAGUUAUGUGGAUGAUCCUGUUAAAUGAAUUUGUCAUAUAAAGCAUGCAGGAUGAUGAAUUUGCUCUACUUUUUUAUACUGAUUGAAUCUCUGAAUAUUUAUUGGUUGUGAAAGUCUGGCAUUCUUAGUGUCAUCAUUGUUGUAUUUUACUUUCCUUUAAUUAUUAAGAAGUCUUGUAUAUGUUCAUGAUUUGAAAACCAGUCUGCAACUUCUAACAGGGUAACGUUUGUGCUUCUGUUAGUCAUGCCAGUGUUCUUGUCUGUAUGGAUUGGUUCUAGUAAAUUUUUCAAGAAUCGUGUAUACCUCACACAACCAAACAGAAUACACACCUCUGGUGGAGUGCUAGUCCAAUUUUCGUUUUCUUCUCUGUUUUAUUGUAAUAUAUGAUUGCCAAUGAGUGUAGUUUUAUUGAUAAAGAAUUCCAAAUGUGAGACUAGUUAAAUAGGAACCAAUCCUGGUGAUGUCUUAAUACGCACAAAUUUAGUUUAAAAGUUGUGUCCUUUUUUUUGAAAAAUGGACAAAUAUUGUAUACAUUUUGCAUUUGCAUUUUGUGUGUUUUGUAAUUUAUGUGACCGACCCGGACCAAAGACCUUGUAGUGUAACUUCAAUUAAGAGCUCCAGAUAUUGUUUCCUCUCAGUGUUUUGUGAUGUUCAUUGCAUUUGUUCUGUCUCACAGUCAGUGCUGAUUGCACUGACAGAAGUUGAAUUUGCUUUAAGCAUAGAUUUUAAGCCAUGCAGGCUGUUUCUCAGUUCAUGUCACCCAGAAACUUGAGUGACAACCCAAUUAUUUUCAUGAUGUCUUUUUCAUUAGUCUUUGUUUAAGUAACAUGCAAGCCAUGCAUUCUAGUUUUUAUUAUUCUCUUAAAACCACUUAAUUGUUUAAUGUCAAUUGAACUUUUUUUUUUUUUGCUUUGUUUUGUUAUGGCCUAUUAGUUUUAUCUGUAUCAAAAUAUUAAGCCUUUGCAGCAUGAGGCCCCAUUUUAUAUAGGUCAUAAACAUAUUGAAGCAGGUAGUAUGUCAGUAGUUCUUUUAAAAUCAAAGACUGACCUUUCCACUUCCCAGAUUUGUAGUGGUUUAGUGUCCUCUAUGACGAGACAUCAGAGUUGACUUGGUAAACUUGACUGUCAAAAUGAUCAUAUCAAUGUAACCAAUCUUUCUUUACAAAUGUAGUACAGCACCCAUAAAUGUACUAUUAACCUUAUCUAUCAUAAAUUUUGUGCUUAAAUACUUUACAAUUUCUCACUUGUUGAUCUCUUGAUAUCUUGUUGAUAUGUUAAGUUGUCUUUUAAUUCUUCUAAAAAAAUCUAAACUUUAAAGCAACAGAAUUGAUGAUUUAGAUACAUAAUUACUGUGGAAACUUACAGUGGUCCAUUGUUUGCCACCCACCCAUAUUUAUUAAUUAUUUAUAAAAAUACAAAAGGUUGCCUUGUCAAGAAUAAAGUAUGAAUGAAAGAUGAAAGAUUCAUUCAAAUGAAA